CCUGAUAUAUCGUGUGAAUCGUACUUAACGCAGCGUAUUUUGUUUGAUCGCGUAGGCCAAUUUUGUAAUUGAAAUUUCCUUUUUGUAAAAAAUAAUCAUUGUUCGGUUUUGGAUGCUUGUAAUUAGGUUGUAAUGUGUAAUUGAAGUGUUCAAUUUAGAAUUGUCAACAUAACAAAACUAUAUGUGUGAAAUAUGUUCGACUCCAGCAAUUUAUUGAAUAUUUGCCGUGCAUGUCUGAACGAUAUCAGCACUAAAGAUUCUGUUUUGGUGAGCACUGUCGAAGAAUCUAGCGCAAAAAGUUAUCACGAUUUGCUUCACGAAUGGCAUCCUUUUGACAAUCAACCGGGCUAUGACAACCAUUUUCCUAAAUACCUCUGCUUGGAUUGCACUCAACGAAUCGAUGGGAUUCUUAAGUUCCAAACGGAAACGGUGUCCAAUUCGCGACUAUUGUUUGCUAUUGUUGAAGUAAAAGUCACCAGCAAAACCGUUUUGUUGAGAAAAUUGCUACGGUCGGAGAAAUCCCGCCAGACAUUGUCUCGCAUGGGAUUUAUCAACUCGAAAGAUGAUGUGAUUAAUCAACUGCUAGAUGGGAUUCAGCCACUCCAUUCAACUUGUAUCAAACAAGAAAUACAGGAAAGUGUGGAACCAAACUCUAUACAGUUUCAGGAUUAUAUAGAUCGUGAGGAUAAGCCGGAAUACAGUGAGCUGUGCAUCAAAAGCCAAUUUCCGGCUUGUGAAAGUACAACAAAUGAAUGCAAUGAAGAAUUGGUCCUCAAAUUCGAACCAGGAGAAGAGACCAUACGUACCGUUGAUACGGGGCCGACACAAGCCAAGCAAUCCAAGAAAGUUGACCGCAUACGAAAACGUCCUUGCCUGGUCGAGGGCUGUGAACCUGUCAUCAUCGGACAGACCGCUCAGCAUAUCAAGGAGAAACAUCGCACGUAUUGUAAGAUUUGUGGAUUGGUAUUCAGUUCAUACUAUUUAGCUGCGUCGCACAUAGCAGUACACAAGCCAAGUGAACAGUUGCUCAGUUGUGAUGUUUGCUUUAAAACGUUCUGUCGGGAUCAGGAUCUGAAGAAUCAUUUGCUGCUCGUUCAUGCUCGAAUUGACGCCAAACAUGUAUGUCCAUUUUGUGAGCAGGGAUUCCAGAUGAUAGCUGAUCUGAAAAAACACCGUGAGAUACAUCUUAAUUCACCAUGUCAUUUGUGUGGCAAAAGUGAACCGUUUAAGGAUUACAAACAUUUGGCCGAUCACUUCCGAAAGAAUCACGACAAACAGUUGUACAAAUGUGGUCAGUGCUCAACUGCUUUCCUCGGUCGACGUGAGCUUGAGAUCCACAAUAAAAAACAUCACGAUGGUAGUCUAAUAAACUGUGUGGAAUUUGCCGUGAGACAAUGGGAUGAUACGAACCAUUGCGCGUCCUGUGAGAAAAUUUUUUACACUGAAGUUUAUCUUAAAUCACACGCAGCUGCUGUCCACAAACUGGGCGAAGAUCACGAUUCGAAAUCCUUAACUGCUCUUGAUCAGGAGGAGUACAAGUUCAAAUGUAAUACAUGUAGUUCCAGUUUCCGUUUGAAUACAUCACUAAAGAGACACACUCGCAAGGUGCACGGUUCCGAGCGAAUAGCUUGCGAACAAUGCGGGGCCUCUUUCAAAACAUCCAGUGAAGUUAAUGCUCACAUUCGGUACCGGCACACCAAAGAUUUCUGGUACAAGUGCGAAUUUUGUGACAAGCCUUGUAACACUAGCAGUGCAUUAGCGGUUCAUCGGAGAACUCACACAAAUGAACGACCAUGUAAAUGUCCGUACGAGGGUUGUGUUAAAAAUUACAAAACCCACGGAGCCCUGCAAAAGCAUGUUCGAGCGAACCACACCAACGAGCGACCGUAUAAAUGCCACUAUGAAUCUUGUAACAAGGCGUACAUCUGUAGCCAGCAUCUGAAAGCUCAUAUUCAUUGGCACACACGGGAAAAACCGUUCAAGUGUUUCUACUGCGAGCUAUAUUUCAGUACAUCCCCUAACCGUAGAAAGCAUUGCCAAGUUCAUCACCCCGGGAAACCUGUCGGUAAGGAACUGGAGAAGAUAGCGACAAAUGCCGAUGUGCUAGACUCCAGUGUAAAUGCUGAGUAGGCAAGUGUGCCAGUGUGCGUGUGCGACCCCGUUCAUAAUCAAAAACCCAUCACCGUCGUCGUCGAGCAGUCGCGUAGUAUCGGAUCAGAAGCAGACUUUUUUUCGUUUCGAAUCAGC